AUGCAGAUAGUCCAGGAUCUGGAUCGAACUUUGCACUAUCCGGAACAGAAGGCCAUCAAACUUUAUCGAGAAAGGGCCAGAGAAGUACUUUGUACUGUCUGGAUAGGACAAGCUUCUGGUCAUUGUUCCAUUUAUCCAGAGGCAGAAGGGACCCUCUUGCCUACAACAGAGUCCAAUUUCAACAAAGAGCCCACAUUGCCUAAGGAUACAGUGUUUCAUCUUAAAAGGUACAGUCUUGGAUCCUCCACCACAGGGAGAUUUCUUGGAAAUGGACUCCAGAGACUUUCCUACUUAACCAGGAUGCAAAUUGCAUUGCUACCUAAUUCCCCUUCUGAGGCCCUAUGA